AUGGCCUCCAGAGGCAGCAGACCCAAGCCCCAGAGCAUUCCACUCAGCUUGGAGGGAAUCCAACAGAACCAGCGGGUAUGGCUGGUGAAGCUUCCUAAAUACCUGUCACAGCAGUGGUCCGAAGCUUCUGGAAGCGGUGAAGUAGGGAAGCUGCAGAUUGCCAAAAAUCAAGGGAAGUCUGAAAUCUCAUUUAUUUUGAAUAAGGAACUUACAGACAUUCGAGGUACAGAUGGACAACCUGCCCCGGUCAUCGCUCCCAGGGAGCAUCAGCUUGUCUUGCAGGGGGUCAGAGGGCAGGUCCUCACAGCGCUGACUGAGCAUGCACCGGAUCAGCUCUCCCUGGAAGGAACGGUGGUACAUCGGGGAGAAUGCAGACCUGCUCUGAGUGAAAACUACAUGAGGCUGAAGAGAAGGCAAAUAGAGGAGUCUUCCAAACCUGCCAGAACCGUACAGAAACUGGAGAAGGUAGUCACGACCAAUUAUAAACCUGUUGCCAAUCAUCAGUACAACAUUGAAUAUGAGAAGAAAAAGAAAGAAAAUGGAAAGAGAGUGAAGGCUGAUAAAGAUCAAGUUUUAACCUUGCUAUUUGCUGCCUUUGAGAAACACCAGUAUUAUAACAUAAAGGACUUGGUUGGCAUCACUAUGCAACCUGUGGUGUACCUGAAGGAAAUCUUGAAUGAAAUCGGUGUUCGGAAUGUAAAAGGGCCCCACAAAAACACAUGGGAGCUAAAAGCAGAGUACCGGUAUUAUCUGGCAGCGGCCAAGAGUGAGUGA